AUGCCCACCAAAACCACCGUAGACCCAUCCUCGACACAAUCCUCCCUUAUCACUCUAAAGCUCGCGGCGUUACCCCAAAGCCAAUCGACUUCACUCUCUACUACCGAGUUCCCAUCCGCACCACUCCCCGCAGUCGAGCUCCAGGGGCUCAAGAACCUCGGCUGUGGGCGUUGUGGAAACAUCUUGCUCAAAUGUGAUGGCGGGCAAACAGGAGGUCCGAUUCAGCGCGUGGUUGACUUGCCUUCGGAACAUUGGCAGGAACUGGUUGACUGCUGGAUGUGUCACGAGGAGGACUUUACGGAGCUGCGUGAAGGUGAUCUGGGGGCGCGCCUUGGACAGGCCUUGGUGGGUGGGACGUAUGUAUUGAUCCAUGCGACCAAUGUCGACAUUGAAGCGGUGGAAAUUGAGGAGGAUGCGCGGACGAUUGAUUGGACGAAGGGAAUCAAGCGGAGAUGGCGUCCAUUGGCCUGCUCAAGGUGUUUGUACCCCAUUGGAGACGGCUGGUAUCAAUCUAGGCGCGAAGAUGGAACUGAUCUAGAGCUGAUUCAGGUCAAAUUCCAUAAGUACGCCGUUCGGUUUCAAAGUGAUCAAAGCAUCAAUGAUGAAAGAACACAGCUUGAAGUACCAAAGCAGAGGUUUGCGUCGUAUGUAGCGGCCGAAAUAUUUGAGUCUGCGCGCCAUCAUGCCACCUAUCGCUUCAUUUUACAGGAUCGACUUACAGGACAGGACAUCAUGCUGAUAUGGAUGCUCAAUUGGGAUUCCACCGUCUUCAGUAACCAGGCACCAAUGCAGGACAAUCAAAUCGUUUGGGACACUUCUCUACUUUCCGAUCUCCAGGUGGACAUCGAUAUUAACUCUACGAGCGAUCGGGUAAGGAGUAACAAAGUCAUGAAGGUUCUGUAUCUUUCAGAGGAUGAGUCUCAGAGACAAGAGGGGUCGGUUUCAAAAGAGGCGGCUCUUUGGGAUCGAUGGCGUGGCGAUCCCGGGGUGGAGAGGCUGCAGUUCCACAAGCAUUUAUUGCUAGGUCUCCUGAUCAUGUUGGAGCAAAGCACCAGCUGUCUGCCUCCUAUCCUGAGCGGCGCCGCUCCAGCUGUCCUGGCCAUGGAUGGUAUGCGAAUGGGGUCCAUUGUGAUUUGA